ACGCCCUGCAAUGGCGGUCAGUGUGUUGCUCCUGUUCCUACUAGCCAUCGUGCUCCUACUCUCAGCUCUUUACAUCACACUAAAGGUCGUCCGGAACCAGAACCGGGCGGCAGCGCUGCUCAAACAGUUACCCAACUUUCGUGCGCUGCCAUCGGUGCCACUGCUCGGCAGUGCACACCUCUUUCUGGACACCACGCCGGACGGCACGCUGCGCACGAUAGUGGACUGUCAUCAACGGUACGGCCGGAAUCUUCUACUGCAGGAGCUUGGCAACGAGUUCAAGCUGCUCACGUGUGAUCCGCGCGUCAUCGAGCAGGUGCUGCAGGCGAAAACGAUCGUGAAAUCGAACUUUUAUCGAUUUCUGCUACCAUGGAUCGGAUUGAGCAGUGUGGUGAUCAGUGGGCCCCGGUGGCACAACCGGCGCAAGGUGAUCAAUCCGGGCUUUAACUACCGGAUGCUGCAGGGUUUUCUGCCCACGAUGGACGCACAGGCGGCUGUGCUGGUGGCAAAGCUGGCACCGCACGCAGGCGGUCCGGCCAUUGACGUGUACGAGCCGUUGCGUUGCAUGGCGAUGGAUAUUAUCUGCGAGACGGCGAUGGGUGUGCGGUUGGAGUGUCAGUCGAAUCCGGAUGUUCCAUUCUUCAAGGACUGUGAAGAAUUGCUUGACUUGAUAUACAAACGUAUAUUUAACCCGCUGCUUACGAGUAAUUUGGUGUACGCUUGCACCAGGGCAGGGCGUCGUGCAAAUGCCACCAUACGGGCGUUGCACCAAUUUACCCAUUCCGUGAUUCGUGAGCGCGUGAGACAAAUGCAAGCGGUUCUUCCAAACUCCCAACAGCCCGCCCCGGAAGAGUCGGAGGAACAGCAACAGCGUAGUACGUUUCUGGAUCUGCUACUGCAAACACGCCUCGCGGGUGACGAGCUACUGUCCGACGAUGAUAUCCGGGGCGAGGUGAACACCUUCAUGUUUGCGGGCCAUGAAACCGUCACGUCCUGUUUGAGCUUUACCCUGUACUACCUGUCUCGCUAUCCGGACGUUCAGCAGCGUCUGUACGAGGAAAUCGAGACGAUGGCCAGGGCGCACGAGUUGACGUACGGCGCGCUGAUGGAGCUGAAGUACACCGAGCUGGUCAUCAGGGAAACGAUACGGUUGAACCCAUCGGUACCGAUGAUUGGCAGAAUGGCGGCCGGUGAUAUGGAGAUCGAUGGUGUCACGAUACCGACCGGUACGGAAGUGAUGCUUAACAUCUACGUGAUGCAGAACGAUCCACAGUACUACCCGGACGCGGACCAGUUCCGGCCGGAACGGUUUCUGCAAGAGCCACCACCGUACAGCUAUCUGCCGUUCAGCACGGGCGUACGGUCGUGCAUUGGGCAGCGGUUUGCAAUGCUAGAAAUGAAAACGGUGCUGGUGCGGUUGCUGUCCCGCUUCCGGUUUGUCCCGUGCGGCGAGGAGAACGCGCUACAGCUGAAGGCUAACCUGACGCUCAAACCGUACCACGGGGCGUUCGUCAAGCUGGUGGACAGGCAUUAGACAUUAGAGGCAAUAGCAAUAGCACACGAACGACAUUUUGGAGAACGUUGUCCAUCAACGGGAUGGUUGUUUGCCGUUCCAUAUGGUGUGCGUUGGCUGUAUUUUAGUGCCCAGGCUGAGUUAUGAAUGUAUGCCCCAUCAUAAUUAUGAGACCGUUGCACUUUGUCAUACUCGUCGAUCCUUCUCCCCCAUCCCCGAUGGUGGCUAUUGUUGCGGUCUUGUUGGGUGUCUGGUCUGGUUGGCGUCAUCCGAAGUCGAGACGAGCGAGAGCUGAUGGGCACAAUUGUCCACCACUCCCGCCCGGUUGUAAUCAAAUGCGAACAUCAAGUACAGACAACUCGCUUUCGGCGCAUAACGCUCCCAAGACUGGCAGCGCCAAACGUCCAUCCUCCAUCCCAUGUGUCUGUGCGUUUGCUUCAAUCCAAAAAACGAAUGCCGAAAGGACAACAGUUCGUCUCCAUUUGGGGGGGGGGGGAGAAUGAGUGGCCCGUUUGUUAAAUUGAUAUCUUGCGGACUUUUUAUGAACUCUAUCAUUCAGGAUGUUUUCCCGUCAUGUCCUCUUCCUUCUUUUCUUCCCCUCACCCUUGUCUAGCACUGAACGAGGAGUCUAUUUACGUGCGUUAUGGGUACAAUUUCCGGCAACCUGACAUGCUCCGGGGGGAGGAAGGCCACGCGUGGACCAAAUAUAAUGAACUGAACAUAAAAAUGUUGAUUGCAUGCACAAUAUUUCCUCUUUUUUUGGUGUUUAUAGGAU